GCAGCGACUCUGACCAAAAACCGCGAUGUCGCGCGUUGCUCGCCGACUCUUCGCGACCGCCGCCAGCUACACCAGUCGGCCGCUCCCCAACAAAGCGCACCACCAUGCCCCCAUACCGGAUGCCGCCUUCCCCCAUGGCUAUCUAGCGACGGGCCUGCACUGCGGCGUGAAGAAGGCCGCAGGAGUGCCUGACCUCGGCCUGCUGCUCUCGACGUCCGAGCGGAACACGUCCGCCGCCGCGUGCUUUACGCGCAACGCAUUCAAGGCUGCCCCGGUCGUCGUCUCCACCGAAGUCCUCCAGCGGGGCGGCGGCGCUGCACGGGCCGUGGUCGUCAAUAGCGGGUGCGCAAACGCGGUGACGGGCCGGCGAGGGAUGGACGACGCGUGGGCGAUGGCGCGCGCGACGGACGCGUUGCUGGGCACGAAGGGCGACGAGGGCGAGGGCAACAGCGAGACGCUGGUGAUGUCCACGGGCGUCAUCGGCCAACACCUUCCGAUCGAGAAGAUCCUCUCCGGCAUCCGCUCGCAGGCGCAGACGGAGGCAGGCUCGACGCUCGGCACGGGUUUCGCGGCCUGGGAGCGCCUUGCCCGCGCGUUCAUGACCACGGAUACAUUCCCGAAGCUGCGCGCGCGCGCGUUCACGCUGGACGGGAAAGAGUACCGCCUCGCGGGGAUCGACAAGGGCGCGGGCAUGAUCCACCCUGACAUGGGCCCCGCGGCCACGCCAUCCGCCCCCCGUGCGCUCCACGCGACCCUGCUCGGGUGCAUCGCGACCGACGCUGCGGUCUCGCCACGCAGCUUGCAGUCCGCGCUGGCGUACGCGGUCGACAGGAGCUUCAACUCGAUCAGCGUCGACGGCGACAUGUCGACGAACGACACCGUCGUCGCGCUCGCCAACGGCGCCGCCGCGGACGCGGGCGUGCCCGAGGUCGACGAGGAGCGCACACCAGAGCUGUAUGUCGCGUUCCGGGACGAGCUUACAGCGUUCGCGGCGGACCUGGCCAAGCUCGUGGUAAGGGACGGCGAGGGCGCGAGCAAGUUUGUGACUGUGACCGUUGAGGGCGCCAACACCUACCAGGAUGCACACAAAAUCGCGGCGCGGAUAUCAACCUCCGCCUUGGUCAAGACCGCACUGUACGGCGAAGACGCCAACUGGGGCCGCAUCCUCGCCGCCACUGGAUCGAUUCCGCUCAGCGUGCCGCUCGACCCGACGCGAGUGACGGUUUCGUUCGUGCCCGCGGACGGGAGCACGCCGCUGCCGGUGCUCGUCGACGGGGAACCGGAGAACGUGGACGAGGCGCGCGCGAAGGAGAUCCUCAGCCAGGAGGACUUUGGCGUCCGAGUCGAACUCGGGCUGGGCAAGGAGAGCGCGACAUAUUGGACGUGCGACCUAAGCUACGAAUACGUGAAGAUCAACGGCGACUAUCGCAGUUGAUGCGCACGCGCCAAGUGAACAAUAACGCAUUGAUUUCUAGGCAUGCACAUGCGGCCCUACUGGAGAGUACGCGUUCGGAUAUCCGACCGUGCCACGACUUGAUGAAACCAGGAUUUCCUGAGGGGACGUCGUCAGGGCUGCAUCAUUACGAUAUCAUUGACCGACGAGCCAUUGAAUACAUGAGGAAGUGCCCUCGUCUACAAUCGCACCGUAGUGUGAAAUAGAUUAAACAUGAAAUCGCGUCAAUUUAAGCAG